AUGUGUAAAAUCGAUACCAUUUGUUAUUUACUGAGUUGUUGUGGGCUUUUAUGGCCGCGAAAGAAGACAAGACAAGAGCGGUUAGAAGAGAAGGAACGGACUCUACGAGCCCUCAAGACUAUAGUCCCGCCGUACGGACGUCGAGUGCCGACCGGUAAACGAGAUUUGGAGAAUCGGACGGAGAAAGACGUUACUAUGAUCUACAAACUGCCGGACGAGAAAUUUAAAACACCGCAAGAGGUCUACAAAUUCCACGGCUUUAGAUUUGAGUACGAAUUAGGUCGGGGUAACUACGGGGUGGUCGACAAAGUGGUCUACCAGAGGGACAGCACAUCAAAGCCCAUCCCCGCCGCGUGCAAAAAGAUUAUAAUCCCAAACCCGGGAAACGAUCGCAAAAAGAUUAGGAAACGCGAGCAUCGGUUAAAAGACUUCAAGUAUGAGGUUUCCAUAUUGACUGAGUUAUGUCAUCCGCAUGUCCUCCAGUGCAUCGACCACUUCAUCAUCGAGUCGUCGGAUCCACGGCUACCGGAGCCGAGUAUUUUGCAUAUCUUCGUACAGUUCGCCCCAAUGGGUACCCUUUCUGAUGAGCACAUAAGACACGGACCAUAUAAUGAGGCCGAAUGCAAGGAAUGGUUCGCACAGAUAUUGAGUGCAAUGGUUUAUAUGCACAAAAUGUAUUGCGCCCAUCGAGACCUCAAACUACAGAAUAUUCUGUUGGAUGAGGUGAAAGAUGUGCUCAUUUCGGACUUUGGUUUGAGCCGUGCCUUCGAUGAGCCCAACGUUGAGGCCAAGACCUAUUGCGGGACUCCUUCUUAUAUGGCGCCCGAAAUACUGGAAGGAAAAGGCAAAAAAGAGAUCCCAUACGACGCCUACAAAGUGGACGUCUGGGCGAUGGGUGUCGUCUUGUUUAUGCUCUUUAAUAACCGCUAUCCAUAUACUGUGAAAAACAAGGAUUACACCAAAGUUGUGAAACGUAUGCGGAAUAGAGACUAUAGAUUUGUGUCCAAAUAUGGUGCGACUCCUCAAUUGAAAAACCUAAUGAGCCAGUUGUUAGAGCCCAACCCCGUCAAUAGGCCUACAAUGGAAGUCGUGUCAAAACAUAAAUGGAUUGCCGGCGCCUAUAAUGCGGCCGUUGAGAAGAAUAAGACCGCAAAUACAGAGCAGAAUUCGGUCACAAAUACAGCACAGAAUUCGGCCACAAAUACAGCACAGAAUUCGAAGGAUAAGAAAGAAAUGAGAAGAGAGAAGGAAUGGACGGUAAGAAACUUGAAAACAAUAGUCCCGCCGACCGGACAGCGGAUAUCAAUCGGAACACGAAAUCUCAAGAAACUGAAGCCAAAGGACGUCACAAAAGUGUUUAAGAUUCCGGACAAGACGUGUAAAACCAAAGAAGAUGUGUUCAAAGUUCUCGGCUACACAUUUGGUGGCAAAAUAGGAGAGGGAAGGUUCGGCAUCAUUGACAGAGUGGAGCUCAAGAAGGGCACAGACCCUCCCUUCCCACUCGCCUGUAAAAAGAUUGCAAUCCCGGCCGCGGGAAAAGACGCCAAACAAAAAGAGAUACGCGGCGACAGAAUAGACAAAGUGAAGAAUGAGAUAUAUAUGUUGCAGGAGUUGGAUCACCCGCACGUCCUCCGCUGUUUCGACCACUUUAUGAUUGAACCGUCAGAUCCCGCGUCCAGUGAACCGACAGUUGCGUAUCUCUUCAUGCAAUUGGCCCCAAAUGGGGACCUCUUUAAACAACUCGCUGAGCGUCGCGAGCCGUAUAGUGAGGCCGAAUGCAAAGAAUGGUUCGCACAGAUAUUGAGCGCAAUGCCGUAUAGUGAGGCCGAAUGCAAAGAAUGGUUCGCACAGAUAUUGAGCGCAAUGGUUGCGAUGCACGACAAGGGAUGCGCCCAUCGAGACCUCAAACUACAGAAUAUUCUGUUAGACGAGGAAUACGAAGUCCUUAUAGCGGACUUUGGUUUGAGUCGUGUUUUCUUUGAGCCCAAAGAGACAAUUGAAUCCAAAACCUAUUGCGGGACUGUUACUCAUAUGGCGCCUGAAAUACUUGGCCUAAAACGCAAAGUGGAAACUUCAUACAUACCCUUCAAAGUGGACGUCUGGGCGAUGGGAGUCAUGUUGUUUAUGCUGUUUACCAAAAGGCUUCCCUAUAAUGUGAAGAAAGACACGAAUUACGACAGAAUUAUGAAACAUAUGAAAAGACAAGACUAUAAGUUUAAGGUCAAAGAUCCACCGUCUCAUCUAAUGGAGGACUUAAUCAAACGUAUGUUAGAUCCCAAUCCCAACAGAAGACCUGAAAUGAAAGCACUGUCUGAACACAAAUGGAUUGCCGACGCCUACAGAGCGGCCGUCGAGAAGAAUAAUAAUACCGCAAAAAUAGCACAGAAUUUGGCCACAAAUACAGCACAGAAUUCGGCCGUAAAUACAACACAGAAUUUGGCCACAAAUACAACACAAACUUUGGCCACAAAUACAACACAAAAUCCAACCAUUCAGUAG